AUGGCUGACGACCAACCCAUGGAGAUUGAUACCGAUACUACAGAGCAGGAGAUCCUCCUCGCUGCCACCAACCAUGAUCUCGAUUCUCUGCGCCGACUCUUGCGCACACCUACUGGCUCCGCGAACGUCGUCGACUCCGAUACUGGAAUGACCCCUCUGCACGCUGCCAUCGCCGCCUGCGAGCCUGACGACGAGACCGCCCAGGACAAGAAAGACAUGGACGUUGACGAAGCCGCAACUCUCAACACCACCGCUCUGGAGGAAGAGGAAGCUCUCAGAACCGUCAAGCUCUUGCUUGAGAAUGGUGCUAUCUGGAAUGACCUGGAUGACAACAACGAGACCCCAGGAUGUCUUGCCCACCGCUUGGGUCUGAAGAAGUGCUACGAGGCCAUGGUCGAGGCUGGUGUUCGUGCCGAGCUCCUUUUGAGCCGUCUCGAUGGUUUCGAGAUGCUCGCAGAGUACGAGGACGACAGCGAAGAGGAAGAGUUGGAUGCUGAAGGUUUCGAGAUUAUUGAGAACGAGAAUGGCGAUUCUCUACAAGCCUCAAUGAUUGAUGAGAACGGACAAGAGACCAAGGUCGAUGUCAACAGUGAAGACUACCUCGCCUCGGAUCUCACUUUCAAGGGUGACAGACUGCUGGACGCCGACAAAAACGGUGUCAUGAUGUCCUGGGAGACUGACAUCAUGCAAAAGACUGUCGAUCGCCUGUGUCCCAAGUCUGGUCUUCGUGUGCUCAACGUUGGUCACGGUAUGGGUAUCAUCGAUGGCAUCUUCCAAUCCAAGCAUGUUUCUGCCCACCACAUCAUCGAGGCCCACCCUGAUGUCCUCGCUCGCAUGCGCAAGGAUGGCUGGUACGAGAAGCCUGGUGUCACAGUUCACGAAGGAAGAUGGCAAGACGUCGUUCCCAAACUCGUCGAGCAGAAUGUCAUCUUUGAUGGCAUCUACUUUGAUACCUUUGCCGAAGAGUACAAGGCUUUGAAGGAGUUCUUCAGCGAACAUGUCAUUGGCCUGAUGGACCCUGAAGGUCGCUUCGGGUUUUUCAACGGUCUCGGUGCCGACAGACAAGUCUGCUACGAUGUCUACACUAGAGUUGUCGAGAUGGACCUUUUCGAUGCCGGUAUGGAUACCGAGUUUGAAGACAUUCACAUUCCCGACCUUGAUGAACAGGGCGAGUGGGAGGGCGUGCGCCGCCGCUACUGGGCCCUGGACAAUUACCGCAUGCCCACUUGCAAGUUUGUUGGUUGA